CUUGUGAGAAGGCAGGAGGAGACCUUGAGAGGGCAGACGCUUGGACUUCAGUUUGCCAGCAGGCUGCUUGGCUGGAUAUUGCCUGGGCAGGCACUGCGUAAGCUGACGGGAUCAGAGAAAGCAAGUCAGAAUCUCUGCUCCACCACAGCCAGUUCUGGAGAUAUCCCUGGUGGUGUUCUGCUGAAGCACGCUCGGGCUGUCUGGUUCAUCUUGCCUCUUUCUCUGCUGACAUGAAGGUUUUUUUUGUGGGACUGGUCACUCUCUUGUGCUUUUCAGGAGCGGAGGCUCUGCGCUGCAAUGUCUGCAAACGCAAGUUUCUCCUCUUUGGAUGCGUCCAGGGAUCAGGUGAAACGACAUGUGGAUGGAGGGAGAGAUGUGUGAACAUUAAAGCUUCUCUUGGGAAAUUACCUCUCUACUACCAGCUGAACUGCACCUCGGUGCAAAAUUGUGGCAAGGUGAGGGUAUCCGAUGAAUCUCACCUUAUUUAUGACUACACCUGCUGCAACACUGAUUUCUGCAAUUGAGCUGGAGGGAAGGAAGGUGUGUGGGGGGCGGUCAGUGUCAGUGAAUCAGUUCUGCUCUUAUAUUUGCUAUCUCUCUUCUUCUGCUGUGCAGGGAAGGGGAAUGGAUCAUGAACCUCUUUUUCUGUUUCUUUUAAAUCCAGAUUACUAUUUUUUUAAAGAUUCAGAUAUAUUUCCAUUCUGCCAGGAAAACAUCUGCUUUCCUGUUGUCUUUAAAGCAGGGAUCAUGUCUCAGAGUGACGAGGCUUGAGGUAAAAUGCUCCAAAGUGUCAAUGUCACAAGCCUAACAUGGAGUAUUGGAAACUGUGUUCAAAAUGGCAUGCUGCCACUUUAUGUGUGAGGGGGUUGCCUGGCCC